CAAACGUCCUCGGUAAUAGGCAGUAAGGCCCCAUCCAUGGAAUCUCUUUCUUUCCCCUUCACUGCUCUCUUUCACUUCCCCUUCAUCAUUCUUUUGUUGAAUGUCCCGUUAAGAAGGCGUCAAAGAACCAGGUAUUUGAGCUCGCCGCACCCCCUUCAUCUUUCUUCUCCCUAACUCAUCUUUGAGUCAACUGCCUUGGUCCAAGUUCUUACCGCUUACCGCACGCCCCUCCAACAUCGCACCGUUGCCGUUCAGCUCCUGCGCAGCUUGACUGGACAAGUAUCUCCAUCAUCUCCAUUCGCGCAGAUUUCCACAAUGUCUACCAGCUCCGGCCAACAAAUGAUUUCUCUUCUGAGCUCCGAUGGUAUCGAGCUCCAAGUUGAGCGAGAGGUUAUUGAGCGGUCUGUUCUUAUCAAGAACAUGCUUGACGACCUUGGUGAUUCUGGAGAGGCUAUUCCCAUCUCCAAUGUCAAUGAGGCAGUCCUGAAGAAAGUUAUUGAGUGGUGUAGCCAUCACAAAAACGACCCACCGAGUGCCGGCGACGAUGACGAUUCUCGCCGCAAGACCACAGACAUCGAUGAGUGGGACCAGAAAUUCAUGCAGGUUGACCAGGAAAUGCUUUUUGAGAUCAUUCUGGCUGCCAAUUAUCUCGAUAUCAGAGCUCUUCUGGACGUCGGCUGCAAGACCGUUGCCAACAUGAUCAAGGGCAAAUCUCCUGAAGAGAUCCGUAAGACUUUCAAUAUUGCCAAUGAUUUCACCCCCGAGGAAGAGGACCAAAUUCGCCGCGAGAACGAAUGGGCCGAGGACCGCUGAACCUGCGUAUUAUCACACUGGCUUUCGCUGACCUUCAUGAUUGAUGUCAAAUGAUUUCGUUGCUUGAUGGUGCGCACCAUGAAUUUGUAUCAGAGCUCUAAGCACCAUAUGAUUAUUAUUCGCCUAGGUGUAAUCAAUGCCCGAUGGCUUUCCUCCCUUGUUUCAUUCCUCCCACCUGCGUCGAUAUAUGGCGUUAGGCUUUCUCUCCCUCUUAAGUCUCAACUAGGUCGUUACAGGAUGCAGGUCCUUUUCACUGCUGCGGCUUUGGCUGGUCAAGAUCUCAGAUAAAACAAGAAGGCAAAAUACAUUAUAUCGUUGCUCU